AUGGCGCGCCUCAACUGCUCAGCUGCCGGCGCUGUGGUGGAGACCACUGUGGGCACAAUGCUGACCCUGGAGUGUGCUCUGGGCCUUACAGGUAAUGCUGUCGCCCUCUGGACCUUCUUCUACCGUCUCAAAGUGUGGAAGCCUUACGCGGUCUACCUCUUCAACCUGGUGGUGGCCGAUCUGCUACUGAUCGCCUGUCUGCCGUUCCUCGCUGUCUUCUACCUGAAGGGCAAGACCUGGGGACUCGGCCAUGUGCCCUGCCAAAUCCUGCUCUUCCUGCUGGCCUUCAGCCGUGGGGUGGGGGUCGCCUUCCUGACGACAGUGGCUCUAGACCGAUAUCUGCGUGUGGUCCAUCCUCGGCUCCGAGUCAACUUGCUAUCUCCAAGGGCAGCCUGGGGCAUCUCUAGCCUAGUAUGGCUUCUCAUGGUUGCCCUCACUCCCCAAAACAUGAUCAUCCACAAGGCUAUCCAGAAUUCCACCGAGUGCCCCAGCUUCUACCCCAUAGGAGAAACUGAGGCCGGCGCCAUCUGGCAGGAGGUGCUCUUCUUCCUGCAGCUCCUGCUUCCCUUCGGCCUCAUAUUCUUCUGUAACACUGGGCUCAUCAGGACCCUCCAGGAGAGACUCCGGGAGUCUGACAAACAGCCCAGGCUCCGGAGGGCCAGGGCGCUGGUUGCCUUGGUGCUGUUGCUGUUUGGACUCUGCUUCCUGCCUAGUGUCCUGGCCCGGGUCCUGGUGCAUGUCUUUCGGGAAUUUGAGAGCUGCAGCGUCCAGCAAGCCAUAGUGCAGGCCUCCGAUGUCGCUGGCAGCCUCACCUGCCUGCACAGUGCAUUGAGCCCAGCCGUUUACUGCUUCUCCAACCAGGCCUUCACCCACUCGUACCGCAAGGUGCUCAGAAGCCUUCGAGGCUGGAGGAAGGCAGCAGAGCCGGCUAGCUCCAACCUCAGGGACUCCUAUUCCUGAUGACUCCUGAAAUCCUCAGCUCCCCUUUCUUCUGGAACCACCUUGAAUCUGAACGAUAACCCGAUGACCUCGGGGUCAGAAGACAGAAAGUGCACUACAAGGAUCCGGACACAGCCAACGCCGUGACACACUUGGUUCACCUGGAUUUCCCCUGCUUCUGUCACACUGCCGAGUGGCAGAUCACCCAGGCAGCUCCUGCCUCCUUUGCACAGUGACCGUCCUGAUGGAGUUGCCAAGCUGAGAGGUUGAGCCCUUCUGUACAUCCACACGGGAAGAUUCCAACAGGCUCGAUCAGCAGAGGAGACUGCUCUGUUACUCCAGCACCGUCUGGUCUCUUGGGUCAUGCUCCCUUUCCACGCUCCCGUUCUCCGGUGUGAAAAGCUGCUUUCUUCUCACCCAGCGUGGAGCUCAGAAGACUGGAAGCCAGCCACCCCUGUGGCUCUGAAGAGGUUGCAGGUCUCGUUCUGUUUUUAUAAAAUUCCCCUUUGUUUUUAUAGGUUGUACCGAGUGUCAGAGACAGUUGGGCAAGCUAGCUCCUUCACUGCAGGAGACUCCUGGUUAUUGCCUCUACACUGACCUGGAAGUGCUAGCUUAACUUGAAAUGUCUGCAUUUACCUUAGUCCUGGGGAGAGGCACUUGCUUUCUAAAUGGUGCUUGAACCUUCCCCCCCCCCCCGGGGGGGGGAACCUAAGGGCUGGCAGACCAUUGGCAUGGGGCUGGUGUCACCUCAGUGCUAAAACACACAGGCCAGGGACAGCCGGUGAGCAGGAGGAUUCAUCUCUGUUUCCAUGCUCAUAUCUAGAAAGGCAGCUAAGAAAAAGGGGUACCCACAAUGUUUGUGGGGCACCAUACCGCCUACCUGGGAUGUUCUUACAACGGCUGUGGCUCCUCACACAGGCAUCCCACGGUGUACCCUCCUUGAUGUCAGAGCUGGUGGCAUUGGCAACACCAUGUCCACUCAUAUGUUUCCUUCCCUGCUUGGCAGAGUCCUUGUCAGGACCCACCUGAGACAUUGUGCGGAAGGAUAGAAAAGCCCUAUAGACCAGGGUGGCCUACCAGACUCAGUGUUCCUGGGGAACGAGGACCGUGCAGCAGUACUUCUGUUUUCCAGGAUUUGUUUACUCCUAAGAAAGCAGACUGUCGCAGGUCUGAGACAGAACCGUGGCCUGGCCAGGACGAGCCUGAAGUCUGCUGGAUGGGUGCAUUUGGAUGGGUGCUUUCUUCCCUCUCAGCGGAGGAAAAGCACCUCCGCUCUCUCCCCCGCACCCUGGUGCGCCAGCAGUUUAAAGGGUGCUUUGAAAACCCUCCAUUCAACACAAGCAUUUUCUUUGAAAUGUCGUUAUCGCUGCCACAAGAGGAGUCCCAGCCCUCUCCUGCUCUUGAACUUUUGAGUCUGUGCCUGCACUUAGGACAGGCACACCGAAUGUGAUGGCGUCCUCUGAACAGUCACUACUGUUAUCUACGGUGGCAGGGGCUGUAACACAGACCACCCCACUCCUUGUGAAAGCUUUGCUGGUCAGCUGUGGGGAGGUCUGUCUGUCCGCUGUGGGGAGGUCCGGGACCCUAGCCCUCCCAGUCCCGGAAGCCCAAGACUUCCAACUUCCUGUCUUGGGCUCUGCUCUCGCUCCAAAGGUGUUGCCUCUGCCCGGUUUGCCUGUCAGUAAGCUAGGCUGUCUUUGGGACAUCCUCAAUACAGCAUCCCUGCCCUCAGGGUCCUAUUUUCUGCCCCCACAGCAGCCACAUAGGAGGAAACUCUGGUGCCUUAGCCAAGUAAGGACACUCCAGCUCAGCUGGGCCAGAUGGGGCAAGGCCCAACACUGGCAAGCCCCUACCUUAAAUCUAUUCCCGUGUAGCCCAGGCUGAGAACGGCUGGUGUGAUAGCUAAGGGAGAUCUUGGAGACAGUGUCUUGCUCCAUCUCUUAGCUCUGUGACCUGGGACAAGAUACCUAACUGCUUUUGUCUGUCCCCAUCUUCAAAAUAAGGAAAAUAGCAUCGACAAGGAAUCUUUGUAGGGAUUAAACAGCACUCAAAAUUCGUUAUACACAGCCAGUCAUGUCGCAAUCAUUCCGCAGACAUGAGUUUGAUCUUCACUUACUUCUCUUUUCCUUGAUGACUUCCCCAUCCAGUCUGUGGGCCUUGGGGACGUUGGUUUUCAACUGCGUGUCCCCAUGCAGCAUUGGUGCUCGGUGAUGGGAGCCUUGUAAAGUUCAUUCAAACCAAAGGCUCUCCAUAUCCUUUGUCUGGGUAAUCAUACUCUAUAACGAUCCUGUCCAGGGUCGGGACAGCGGUCUCUGAGGACAUCCUGCCGGGUCACACAUGCACUUGCUGUGGAAGGCUAGCCCCCUCCAGACUAGCCUCCCCACAAACUGAGUGAGGAACGACCCAAGAGGAAAGCGGGGCAGUCAGAGACUCGGUCUCGGGGCCUUAGCUGUGGCUGGUGACAGUGGCGGUGCCUGCUUUUGGUCUCGGGGCAGGACCACAGUCACUCCUCCAGGUAGCAGCUUCCACUCUGCUGGAUUCUUGAAUUUCUGGGAAAGGGCACGAUGUCAGCACCAGAGCUGUUUAUGGCUUCUGUUGAUCUUACCGAGUCUCUGAUUCCCUGGACUUCAGCCAGACCUGCACAUUUUGACAUCUUCUUAGAAUAUGCCCAGUUCCUGCUGGCCUCUGGCCUCAGUCAGGGACAUUACUGUCGUGGAAAGUCACCUGGACUCCAUCUACUAACAGGUGCAGCAGGGUCUCACCCCGCCCGCCACAUUGACUCUGCUCUUACCCCACGUUUCCCUUGCAGCCAGAGCGUCUGACUCGUUCUUCACCCCUAAUGCUUUGCUCAGAGCACACAGAGGCCACUUCAUGAACAGGAAAAAAAAGAAGCAGCAGUGAACAGAUCAGCCCUGUAACAAAGAAGCUCAAUUACUCAGCAGGUUGGGUUUUGUUUGUUUUCAAAUGUAUCUUGAAAGUCUGACUCCAGAGGCGAACUGAAAAUGAUCUCUGAACACCUUUAGGAAGAUGUUGAUAGAAAUGGAAAUGAUAUAAUGCUGUUAGAAGAAAGCUUCCCUCGGAAUGCACACGCUCAUUUGUGCCGGAGAGCUCAUUAACACUGACCUAUAGGUGUGUCUGUGGGGAUUGUCUUGAUAAUUGGUGUGGAAGAUCCAGCCCACUGUGGGCGGCAUUAUCCCCUAGGCAGGGGGCUGAAGAGUGCUGAGUCAUUCAUUUCAAAGCCAAAUGAUGACGAGCCAUGCAGGGCAGACGAAGGGACCCAAAUGUAGGGAUGGUAGAGCCUUCGAGCUUGGAUGAGGACCGGGGCUACAUUAUGUGGCUUCAUCUGUUGAGGUUCCUGUCAUCGCAUGCCUUUCCACCAUCGCCUCUCUUCCCCUGAGCCUUUUCCUCCUGUAAACAGAAACUCGUGCUCUGUACACACACAGGGCCACCCUUCCUUACUGGCCCCCAAACCACAUUCUCCUCUCUGUGUCCUCACCCAGCUCUCUAGGUGCUUCCCACAAAUGGAGAACCACAGUGUGUCAUGAAGGGAACAUUUUACUUGGUGUGGUAUCCACAGAGCUCACCUCUUGGUUGCCCCUUUUGUUUGUGGUGAGCCUUUUUGUAUGAACACAGGUGUGCAGAUGCCCUUGGAGACCCUGCUUACAGGUAUGAGUGGGAUUUCUGUGUCCCGUGGUGAUUCCUUUUUGAAUGUCUCGAGGACGCUGUUCUGUUGCCCCAGGAGCUGCUUCACUUUUACAUUCCCAGCAAAGCUGUACGGGGGGUGGGGGGUCCAACUCCUCACCCCCUCACCAGCCGUCACAGAGCAGAAGACAGGAGGUGGGCUUUCUUCCUGGGAGUCUGAAAAUGCUUCCUAUGAAGUCUUAGCAGAAACUCUCAGAGCCAGCCAUUGGCACUCGUGGUUAACAGUGAAUUUCUCAUUUUACUUGGGUUCCCUUCCUGUUGUCUUAGUCAAUCUGGGCUGAUAGAGCAAAGCACCCAUGCCUGAGGAGGCAGAGCCUGAUGGCUCACAGUUCUGGAGAAAACCCAGAUUGAGACACUGGCAGACCAGGGUUGCUGAAGUCUGCUCUCUGCUCUAGAGAUGGCAACUUGAAGUGGUGUGUUCUUGUGGUUGAAGGAGCCUGGGAACAUCCAUGAACCUUGAGUGUAAGGGUUUUGUUGCUGUGGAAGAAUCUUCUUGUACACUGUAAAGAUUUGUCACUUGAAUUGGUUUAAUAAAAUGCUGAUUGGCCAGUAGCAGGCAGGAAUUAAAGGUGGGACAA